CUAUUGUAUACUGUGAAACCAAUGUCCGUUCCCACUUGACACUGACCACCAGGAGACGAAAUGACCGGCUGGUGGUUCGUAAUAUCCAUUGUUAUCAUUGGCAUAGCUGUGAGCACAGGAACCGGUCAAAGAAAUUUACGGGAGGAUGCCGAAGAUGGUAACGGUAAUAUAGCAGCCAUUAUUGGAGGUACAAACGCCACAGACAACGCAUGGCCAUGGCAAGUGUCCAUCAGGUACAGGGGUAGAUUUAUGUGUGGAGGAACACUGCUCAAUGAAGACACCGUACUCACUGCGGCGCACUGCAUCUUCAAACAACAGACACCAGACAGGUUGAGGGGUAGAUUUAUGUGUGGAGGAACACUGCUCAAUGAAGACACCGUGCUCACUGCGGCGCACUGCAUCUUCAAACCACGAGCACAGAGAUUCCGAGUACUUGCGGGGGAUUAUAACAGGCAAGAGGCCGAGCCACACAGAAAUGAACAGAAAAUCAAAGUGAAGAAAAUACGUAUCCAUCGUGAUUAUAAUCGAACAACUUUAAUCAAUGACGUUGCCAUUCUUAAACUCCUAACGCCAGUUCAGUUUGGAACCUACAUCCAACCUAUCGAAUUAGCAAAGAAAUCCAUGGAUAUAUCACAGUCGAAAUGCUAUAUCACAGGAUGGGGCAUGCGCGAUAAAGAUGACAAAACUAGUUCCGCCACCAUUCUCCAACAGACGGCAGUAUCCGUUAUAACUAACGAGGAGUGUCAGAAGGGCAUUAGAGGCAGGAUUACAGACGAUAUGAUAUGUACAGAGGAUCCCGAUAGAGCCACGUGCUACGGUGAUAGUGGCGGUCCUUUGCAGUGCGAGAUCAAACCUGGAAGAUGGGUACAGGUUGGAAUAACUUCAUGGGGAAAUCUCGAUUGUUUGGAUGGACCAUCUGUAUAUAGCCGAAUAUCCUACAAUAGGGCCUGGAUUACAAGACGGAUGUGAUUUCCGGUGAUGUCAAAAAAAUUAUGGCAGACCAAUCAAAGACAGCGAUACAUCCAUAAUGGACCGACUAGUGACAACAAUGAUACGAAAUUAUGGACCAGAUAUAGGGUACCGGAAUCUGCCGAGGUUUGUCGAAUUCCAAACGGCAGGCGACGAGGACACAAUCAUUUUAGGUCAACAAUACAUUCAUUAAAGACCAAUGAGUGGCGACGAAAUAUCCAUUAUAGACCAACCGGUGGCGAGGAUAUAUCCAUUUUUAACCAGUGGCGAGAUGCUACAUUCAUUAUAGACCAACCAUUUAGGACGAUACGUUUAUUACCAACCAAUCAGUGUUGUUGAUACAUUCAGCAUUCAUUAUAAUCGAUCGACCUGGUGAUUUCCCUUUGAUGCAUGGUUGAUGUAAAAUAAACUGACGGCAAUCCACAGUACGAAUCCUUAAUCUUUUCGAAGUCUUUUUUAUGUUUCUGUGUUCAUUACUAUGUGCCGAUGCGCGUUCUUGGCCGUUUCAAUUACAUAAUUACAUAUUAAAAGCAGUUACCUUCCAUUGGACUAUUUAGAGUCAGCUAAAAGUAAACUAACUUGAUAAUAUCAAAAAUAUACAUACGUGUAUCGAAAACUUUGAUUGUAAUAAACAUCCAGUCAUGGGGAUAUGCAAAGUGGGAUCACUUAGAUGUCUUUUAUUUUCGUAGUGUAAUACAUAUUCACUAGCCCGAGUUUCCUCUGGCGCUGACACAAUGUCCAACAGACAUGGUGUCAGGGCCAGAAGAAACUCGGGCUACAUAUUCACAUACAGUGGUUCUAUUUCUGUUGUUAACUUUGUACAUAUCACUGUGAUUUAAAAGGGAUGUGUGGAGUUUGAAAUAAGUGUCAUCUCUCACUGUAGGGGAGACAAUUCAAAAAUCGUCAUUUAGAUGAAACACGGAUCUAAAGUUUCACGAGCUCUCGUACUAAAAUUUUAAUGUAGAUGUACUAAUAGCAAAUUUGAAAUUGUUUUCUUGUUGCGGGCGAAUAUAUAUCGAGCAGAAUUCAUCACUUUAGCGAUAUGAGAUGAACUGAAUAGGUUAUGGUUUCUGCAAUGAGAACUAUUUGCAAACCACUAGCAGAGUGCAUAGACACAGAGAUGUUUAUAUAUCACAUAUGAUAUACAUGUGUAUAAAUCUCUGAUAGACAUUGGUAUUUACUUCUGAAAAUGGAGGCACUUUUAUUUUCAUUAUUACAUAUACAUUGUAUAUAUAUAUAUAUGUAUGUGUGUUGGUACUGAGGCUGGGUUUCGGAGAUUUCUAGGUAAUAAACAGCAAACCUAGAGCAUUA